AUUGAUUGAUUAUUUAUUGUUAAUGAAAUAAUAGCGAUCCAAUCCUUUACACUAUUAGUUAUAUCGGGUGAUACUUCAUCAGCCAAUCCGCGUUAAUAUCUGAAGAACCAACUGUUAAAUUAUUACAUUGAUUUACAUUAUUUUAUAAUACUUACGUCUUUGGUCUGAAGAUGUUGGCACGGAUUGGCUGAUGAAAUAUCACCCGAUAAAACUAAUAGUGAAAGGAUUGAAUUGUUAUUAUUUCAUUGACGAAAACUAUAAAUUGGAAAUUGAAACUUUUCAUUAUUACAUUAGAGGGAAUUUUUUGAAAAUUUAAAAAAAUCUCAGUAUGUCUGUGUUCCUGUCAAUAACUAUAUUCGGAUUAAUUUUACUUUGCAGUUUGUCAGCACAAGAAAAUAAAAGGUUAUUAAGAAAAGAAAGUAAUACUGAUGUAUUUUUUGAAAGACAAAAAAAACUAUGGCUUAAUCCUGUUUAUGGAAUAUUAGCUGAUUCAAAUACGCAACUUUAUAUGGUUAACUUUACUCAAGACAAACGUCGACCUGAUAUUAGAGAGUGGCCGAAUGUAAUAUAUCACGUGAUGUCAAAUUUGAAUAAUGAAAUAGAACAUGCUACCACAUUAGGAGUUAAUAAGAAUAAUAGUAAUUAUGAAAAAAUUAAAUCAAUGGUUCCUUCUGUACUUCGAAAAACUGAUCGUGCAUUUCCGCCAAUAAUCUACCCACAAAUUUUGGUAAUCGUCGACUAUUCUUUGUACAAAAAGCUCGAUAAAAGCCUGUGGAAAAUGAUACCAUAUCUCCUAGCAUUUUGGAAUGGCGUAGAUAUGAGAUUUAGAAGUUUAAAUCGUCCUAGAGUCAGAUUGAACAUCGCCAAGAUUCUUAUUGCUGAGAAUCGAAGAGCUCUUACUUAUAUAAAAUCAAAUCUUUAUGAUAGAAGAAUUUUGUAUGCAUACAGAUCAAUAAAUAAUAAAAAGAGAUGGUUAUAUGGUCAAAAAAAUGUUGUUCCAUUAGACAGUUACGAUAUUGCUAUCACAAUGACUUCAUAUAAAAUACUUUUACCUCCAUAUAAGAAUGACUUUGAGAACAGUGCAGAAAUUAAAGGUAUAUCUUCUGGAAAUGCUUGUAAGGUUGAUCAUAGAUUAAGACAUUCUAAGAACAUUGCUAUUGUUAAUGAUUUGGGUGCUUAUGACGGAAUUAUGGCAGCUGCUCAUGAAAUAGGACAUUUGCUGGGAGCGUAUCAUGAUAAUGACAAUAAAUACUGCGCUUUUAAUCGAGGUUAUGUUAUGAACUCAUACUUGGUUUAUAAAACAACGUCGUGGAAUUGGUCACCCUGUUCACGAUCUAAUUUUCGUACUUUCUUGAGAUCGGGAAAAGGUACAUGUUUGUACAAUAAACCAAAAAGAGGUAUAGAGAUACCAAGAUUAUUACCUGGAAAAUUAUUGGACGCAGAUGGACAGUGUCAAAUGUUAGGGGGCUCAUCAGCUGGCGAACUUGAUGACUUAAUGUGUAUAGAUUUAGUUUGUAAUGAAAAUGGAAACUCGACAAUUGAACGAAAUUAUAGUUUUGGUGUUGCUGAUGGUACUAAAUGUGGUGACGGAAAAAUGUGUCUCCAUGGUUCAUGUUUAUAUGAAAAAUCUAUAAUUUAAUGAUAUUCAUUUAUCAAUAAAUGUACUAUAGUUUUAUCAAUAAAGCAAAAAAAUAAUAAAAAUCCAUUAGUAAAAAAUUA